AUGAUGAUGUUGUUAUUAUUCGUCUGGUUUUCGGUGUUUCCGGACGAUGAAAAACAUUUUGGCCACCUGUGCGGCAAUCGCGUAAAAGAGCCCGCACGCCGCCAGUUUGCGAGUCGAGAUCGCAGGUGGUUGCUAGUUGUCGACGGGCAAGUGUUCGUGAACGUAUGUCCUGCCGCCGCCUUCUGCGAACUCGGCAGCCGCGUGACCGUCGCCCUUCAGUAUCCAUUUGGUUGUCAGAAGUCCUUCGACGCCCACGGGACCUCGUGCGUGUAUCCUGGCGGUGCUGAUGCCCACCUCGGCGCCUGA